UUGUAGGGUGCUGGACACUCACUGCUGGUUGUGGAUGAGACAGACACGAAAGGGAACUGCACACUCUUUUAGCACACCUUAUCUACAGCAUCUCUACGGAAGCGGUAGUCAGAAAGACAGAUGUGUCAAAGCGACUUGUCGUUUAAGAUAAUUCUGGGUUCAUCAUCGAUGGCGCGCAGAGAGAUUCUAGCGGAGAUGGGAUAUGAAUUCAGUAUCAUAACUGCAGACAUUGAUGAAAGCAGUAUUAGGAGAGAAAAGCCAGAAGAAUUGGUAAUGGCUCUAGCUGAGGCGAAGGCAGAUGCCAUCAUACAAAGGUUUCAAAAUACAAGUCAAUUCAAGGACGAUCCUCAGGCAACAUUGUUAAUCACAGCAGACACAGUGGUGGUGUACAAAGGGACGAUUAGAGAAAAACCUUCUGGCAAGGAAGAAGCACGCGAAUUUAUCAAAGGUUAUUCGGGCAGUCAUGCCGCAGUUGUUGGAUCAGUACUUAUAACCAACCUUAAGACAGGAACAAGAAAAGGGGGAUGGGAACUAGCAGAGGUUUAUUUCCAUGACAUACCUGAUGAAGUCAUUGAUAACCUGAUAGAUGAAGAAAUUACUCUGAAUGUUGCUGGAGGUCUUAUGCUGGAAAAUCCAUUGACAUUGCCCUUCGUUGAAGCAGUGGUAGGGGGAACUGAUACCGUGAUGGGACUUUCUAAAUUUCUAACAGAAAAGCUCAUCCGAGAAGCACUACUAUAGCAGUGGUUUUGAACCAUCAACUAUUCAAUUCCAUUUUUUAGCGUUGUAGAGUGGUGGGAUUCAACCCAUUCUGAUACACUAUUGUCUGCGAUUCAUUCAUUUUGCCUUUUGAUUUGAUUUUUCUCAUCACAAUCGAACAAUAAAACAAUGAUUUAUUUCUAAUGUACACAACCAUGCAUAAAAUUAAUGUAUUAUGUAUUGAA